CUUGCCAUCUUCAUCUCAUUCCCCAACGACCACAACCUCAGGCGAAAGUUCCCCAACGACCGUACUGUUUGCCUAGAACUUUCAGCAAAUUUUUUAUCUCACUGUGCAUACAGUGUUAGCGACCCACUCAGCACUGUGAUCCGGAUUGGUCAAGGUGCCUCAAGUGCUCACCAUUCGCACUGUAUUCCGCGACCACAUCCCCUUAAUAUUUGUGCCAAAUACACCCGGCGUUGGCUGUACCUUGCGUUACCGCGCACUGUCCGAGAAUUUGACUUCGUUGCCCCUUUGGUCCAUCAACUUCUCGACUGCAUCUAAGCUGUCAGCGAGACCCGGGUGUCUGUAUUCUCAACAGAUCAAUCGUAUCGAUCUCAUUGCCUUCACGUUUGCACACUUGGUCAUGGCACCCGCACGCCAACCAGCCCAGCCGUUCACCAAGGACGAGAAGGUUCUCUGCUUCCACGGUGAGAUGCUGUAUGAGGCCAAGAUUCUCGACGUCCAGCCCGCCGAUAGCGGCGAAGGCUUUCAGUACCGUAUCCACUACAAGGGCUGGAAGAACACCUGGGACGACUGGGUUUCCAUCGACCGCAUCCGUAAGUUCACUGAGGAAAACAAGGAGCUGGCUAGCACCCUGCACGCCCAGAUGAAGGACUUGCGACAGAAGAACAGCGCCAAAGCCCCCAAGAAGGGUCUUCGCGUCAACGGCACCGAUUCGGCUCGUGGUAGUGAAGAGCGGACCUCGGGAGUCGCCGCCAAUGGCCGGGGCCCUCGACGGGCACGAGACUUUGACCUUGAGCAGACAUCGCUCUCGUCAAAAUCCAUACCACCGACAAAGAUGAGUACUUCGUACCAAGAUUUCGACGGCCUAACUGGGGGCAUUUACGAAAAUCAACUCUCGGGAGAAAGUUACUUGGGCGGUGAUGAAGAGGACGCAGUUCAUGGGACGGGUAGCCAAGACAUCAAUGGAUCUGGUGAACCGUUCGUCGAGGACGACGACAACGAAGACAUCGAUUGGGUAGCUCAGGUCAACCCGCGAUGCUAUCGCUUCGUUCUGACAGGUCUGGACGACUCUCCGUCUGCCGAGGAGGUUGAGAGACGAUACGACGCUUUCUUACCUCAGUGGAAUGAGAUGAACUGGCAGACACCCCUCAGGGGUCCUCUCUCACCUUCUCUUUCGCCCAGAACCAAUAUUCAGUCAAGUCAGAACAGAGCUUUAAGCGUCAUUAGCAUCUCCAGUGACGAGAGCGAGUCCAGCGGUCUAGGAGUUCUCGACGACCUUGGUAGUGAAAGCAGCGAAUGCAGCUCAAGCGUCGAGCUCCUCGGCGUAUCACCUAUCAUGCCCAUCAAUGACACCAGCCAAUACCGCGAUGCCACGCCGAAAGAUGGUCCCGACUGUAAGGGAAAAGAGCGAGACAGCUUCGAGCACCAUCCUAUCUCUAUGCAAGAUCUUCAAGAUCAGAAGGAUGUCAAUCUUAAAAAAAUCAAGCAUAUGUCUGCUGUGGUGGACUCAGUCGAGGAGCCUACACGAGAGAACGAGGAUGGAUUCCAUGCACGCCCAUCCAUCAAGCUGCCUAUUCCUGACCACAUCAAGGCAAUGCUUGUCGACGACUGGGAAAACAUCACGAAGAAUAACCAGCUGGUUCCGCUUCCCCAUCCUCAUCCCGUGGAUGAGAUUUUGAACGACUAUCUCAACUAUGAGCGUCCCAACCGAGAAGAUGGCUCGGCAAAUAUGGACAUUCUUGAAGAAGUCGUCGCUGGUCUUCGCGAAUACUUUGAGAAGUCAUUGAGCCGGAUCCUUCUGUACCGGUUUGAGCGUCCUCAGUACCACGAGGUCCGUAAGAUGUGGGAAAAGGCAGCGGAGAAUGACAAGCACAAGUCCGUCUGCGACACGUACGGUCCGGAGCACUUGUGCCGUCUGAUGGUAUCCUUGCCCGAGCUCGUUGCCCAGACAAAUAUGGAUCAACAGUCCGUUUCGCGUUUGCGUGAGGAGCUCUCAAAGCUUACCGUCUGGCUUGGCAAGAAUGCGAAGAGUUACUUCGUCAGCGAGUACGAAACCCCUUCUCAGGAGUACAUCGACAAGGCCCGGAGUUUCUAGGCAGCCAGGUCUAAUCCUGAAUCAUCCUGAAUCCGACGGUCCUUUUCCGAUAAAAGACUGUAGGCUGUUUCAGCUCAAUUUUUUUACGUCUUUUGCAUCUCUCGGGAUACACACUUGGAGGGCAUGGAAGGACAACAUUUCAUUUUUGUACGGCCUGUUAGCAUCGGGCUCUAUUGACCAGUAUGAAGGGUUGGGAUAGAUACAUAAUCAGAACUUUUUUUCUACAGAGCAGCCU